CCUUCGGAUCGUUCCUCUUCUUCUUCGACGAAACGACAAACGCGGCGCUGCCCCUGCGGUGGACACGGCGGAGCCUUCCAUAGAUUUCAGGCCAUCGACCUUCCAUUCCAACCCACCCCUUCCCACCAAGGAUGCCGGCCCGUUCCCCCUCUCCCGGGCCGCCGCAAUGGACCACCGUCUCCGUGCCCCUGCUGCUGGGAGUCUCGGUGCUGACCUCCCUCGGUGCCGUUCUCCGGUCCUUCGAAGCCGGAAGCUGGACCGCGUUGCCCGAUGGGUCCGCUCCCGGCGGGGGCUUUGCUCCCAUCCUGCGGAGCGGGGAACCCGUUGCUCGCAAGAGGCUUUCCUUUCCCGCCCCUUCCCCCGUCUUUCACCGCACCAAGUACACCUUUGAUUCCUUUGUGGUGAACGGGGUCGACCUGGCCCGGUUCGGCCUGGGGGACGAACGAACCAGCAUCGGGGGCGAAUCCGGUGGCGGCGAUGUCCCGCCCUUUGCCCUCUUUGGGGACUUUGACCUGUCGGCCGAGCUCGAAGGGAACGAGACCUGGAUCGAGCUCCUGGAACGCCGGAGGGACGCGACCCACCCCUCGCUGAGCUUCUACGUCGACAAGGUCGCCUUCAAGCGGUGGCUUGCGUCCUCCGGGCCGGGGGCCGGCGUCGAGGGCAUCCCCUCCCUGGCCCUUGCCUACGCGGACGAGCUCUUGGGGGAAAGCAGGGGCCUUUCGGAGGCCCUCCGAAAGCGGCUCCCCGAGACCGGGGACUACGUCGCCAAGCCGACCCACCUCUCCUGCAGCGGGGGGGUCUGGCUCGUCCACAACGACCCUUCCGAGAACACCACGCACGUCGGGAACGGCAAGAAGCCGAUGGCGGUCUUCGAAGGGAGCGGGGACGUCCGGGACACCAUCGCCGGUGACCUCGCGGAAAACCUCGGGAGGGUCCAGGAGAAGUGCGGCCGGACCGUCCGGGAGUCCUACGCCCUGCGGCACGUCCGGCCGGGGAUCGUCGUGGAGGAGCGCUUCACGCAGCCGGGGGGGACGCACGGGCACCACAAGGACGGCGGAAGGGACGAUCCCGGCGGAAGGGCCGCCUUCUUCAGGGGCGGGAUGGAGUUCAAGGUCUUUACCAUCUGGGGCAGGGCCUGGCUGACCGUCUGGAGGCCGGGGACCGACGGGGUGAGGGCCCUGUUUUUCCGCAACGGGACCAGCCUGGCCUUUGACCCCCCCGCGAAGAAGCGCAAGCAGGGGGCGGGGAGGGAAGCUCCCCCCCGAGGGGACCCCGAGCCCCUCCCGGACUGGAUCGACUGGGAAAGGGUCGUGUCCAUGGGGGAGCGGCUCGGCCGGAACAAGGACAUGUUCCGGACGGACAUCUUUGUGGGGGUCGGCAGCGGAAGCAGAACCUUGAAAAGCGGGGGAAACACCCAUGGGGGGGCGGUGCGGUACGUCGUGUCCGAGACCGAGAUCCACCCCACGCCGCUCCGGGGCUUCGAGGAGGUCUUCGAGGAGGCCGGUCGUUUGUGGCUGGCGGGGUACUACCUGCUGCAUGAGCGCCACGGGCUCUCGGUCGUUCCCAACACGGAGGUUCCCCCCUCCUUUGGCGGAGCCGUCCCUCUCUCGUGACGAGACGAUGCGAUGCCUGAAUCGCUGCCCGUCUGUGUCAAACAGGCGGGGCAGAGAACCAGCAACCACCUCCCGAGCAGUCCCAUGCAAAACGAGUGCCACGGGAGCCACCGUGUGGUGUGGGUUGGUGUGGUGUGGUGUGGUGUGGUUGUGGUGUGGUUGUGUUCUCAUGGGUUACCGGCAGCAGUCGAUCGCACCCCGUUCGACGAACGAACAGAAUCCUGCCCGAAACAGUGCAUUCUCAAACAACGUGGGCACCGGUGUAACAUGGAUUGCAUCGUGUUCGGUGUCGGUGUUUUGAAUAAUAAUAAGUACGAUUAUACUAAUAAAUAUUAAAAUAUGCA